AUGGGCUCCUUUAAAGCCAUUAUCGCGGCAUCUCUAGCUGUCCUGGGGCAGUUCGCUGCGGCUACUCCAGCAAAAGUCCAAUCCAAGCGAGCUGGUAUUUCCUCCAUCGUCAAAGGAACGCCGGUAGGCUUUGCGUCUUCAGUCACAGGCGGUGGCACUGUCACUCCAGUAUACCCAACUACAAUUGCGCAGUUAAAGGGUUACCUCACCUCAACCAGCCCGCAGAAUAUCGUCAUCUCCGGUACCUUCAACUUUGCUGGUUCUGAGGGUACAGUGACUCUUCCAGCAUGUAACGCAUAUUCUUGUACGCCGUCCAAUGGUGGACAGGCAUUGCUGAACACGCUGAAUGGAUGCGGAUCGUUAUCAACGUAUAAUGUUACUCUCGAUAGCGCUGCGUAUAACGCCAUCAACGUUCAGUCGGACAAGACGCUUGUUGGCAUAAACGGUGCAACUCUCAAUGGCAAAGGCUUACGCCUUUCUGGCGUUUCCAACGUCAUUAUUCAAAACGUUGCCAUCACCAAUCUAAACCCGCAGUAUGUCUGGGGCGGCGAUGCCAUUAGUCUCAGCAAUACGAACAAUAUCUGGAUUGACCAUGUAAAGACUUCCAAUCUCGGCCGUCAACAUUAUAGCUUCGGUACCGGCUCCAACAAUGCAGUCACCAUCUCCAACAGCUUCAUCAAUGGCCAGACAUCUUACUCAGCUAGCUGUGAUGGUCACUCGUAUUGGGGCCUUGAACUAGUUGGAAGUGGCGACCAAAUCACUUUUUACAAAAACUAUGUCUACUAUACAUCAGGACGCACCCCUGCUUUGUCCGGCAACACUCUCUUCCAUGCAGUCAACAACGUCUGGUCCUCAAACUCCGGACAUGCAAUUGAGGGUACUUCGAACGGCAUGGGCUUGUAUGAGGGCAACUACUUUGCCAACGUUCCGACAGUUGUUGCUUCAGGAUUUGUAGGGCGUCUCUUUAGUUCACAGUCAUCGGCUGUGUCUCAGUGCGCACAGUAUCUGGGACGCAACUGUGUGUCGAAUUCCUUGUCAAACUCGGGUCCUUUCACCAAUAGCGACACAAGCUUCCUUUACCUGUUCCAAGGCAAGACCAAUAUUGUUUCUGCCGCUUCUGCUUCGUUAAUUCAGUCAACUGUCCCUUCAUCAGCGGGCAAUACGCUGUAA